UUCUGAUCCUUGCCUGGAUGAGAUGGUGAUCACUUUAUGGUACUGGUGGUUUACUCACUUCUGUGUGGUUUCUGUGACCUGGAAUGGCUUUUUGCUGCUCCUUCUUAUUCAAGCUCUGUUCCUAGAAAGGCCUUUCCCAGUUUGGCUUCAGGAUCUGCUCAGCAUUCUCAGUGGGUCUUCACAGAACCAGGGUGACGAAUGCCUGUCUGUUCUCUUGGUUCUCCUGCCGCUAUGGCUGCACAGUCUUCAAAGACUCACGGAGUGCCUCUGCAUCAGUGUAUUCUCCAAUAACGUCAUUUAUAUUUCAUAUUACUGCCUUGGACUUGUUUACUAUAUUGCCAUUGGCUUAACUGUGCUAUCUCAAGUGCCAGUCAAUGUCAGAAAUGGGAAAAGCUUGUUGAUGCAAAUCAGCUGGUAUCACAUCCUGGGAAUUACAAUGUACAUUUGGGCUUUGGUUCAUCAACACAGAUGUCAUGUGAUUCUAGGUAAUCUUCGAAAAAGUAAAUCAGGAAACAUCAUAAAUUUGAAUUGUGCUGUUCCUUUUGGAGACUGGUUUAAGAGGGUCUCUUGCCCUCACUGUUUUCCAGAACUCCUAAUAUAUGUAUCUCUAUCCAUCACAUUUGGAUUUCACAACUUGAUUUGGUGGUUUGUGGUGCUGUUUGUAUUGUUUAAUUGAUCACUGUAUGCCAUUUUGUGCCACAAGUUCUACCUGACCAAAUUCAGCUCCUAUCCAAAGCAUCAAAAAGCAUUUAUACCAUUUCUCUUUUAGGAUAUUGAAUACUACAAACCAUCUAAAAAGGAAUGUGUAAUGCAACACUGUUACCAAAGCGGGGGUUAAACAAAACUUUCUGUGUGGUUUCUGCUUGGAGAUGCAUGUGAGUUUUUAACGAAUAUA